CCAGUACGCGGUUUUUUCGGAUUGCAUCACAAGCUGAACUUUGAACUACCCGUAAAAUUGGAUACCUGCAUUUUCGCUCUAUAGAAAACAAAAAAGAAGAAGAAAAGAGAGAGCAGAAGAAGAUGGAGAGUUCAUCACAUUCAAGUAAAGAAGAAAUAGACAAAACAGAAGAAGAAUGGUCUAAAAAAGCGUGGGAAAUCCUGUCAAAAGUGCGGGAAAAUUCACCAUUAAUCCAAUGCAUAACCAACUUAGUAUCGAUGGAUUUAGUAGCAAACACACUUUUAGCCGUUGGAGCAUCUCCUGCUAUGAUCAUUUCAUCUCAAGAAAUCCCUGACUUCACUCCACAAGUCAACGCUCUCUACGUCAACGUUGGUACACUUUCUUCUUCUCUUUUACCGGCUAUCAAUUCUGCCGCUCAAAUUGCCGGUAAAUUUCGUAUUCCUUGGGUGUUUGACCCCGUUGCAGCCGGUUCUUCCGGUUUUCGUUUAAGGGCUUGUUUGGAUUUGCUUUUAUUGAAGCCUACUGUUGUCCGGGGAAAUGGGUCUGAGAUUAUUGCUCUUUCUCGUGCUUCCUGUGGUACUACCAAGGGUGCAGACAGCCUGCAUGAAUCAAAGGAUGCUUUGGAAGCUGCUAAAUCAUUGGCUCAAGCAACUGGCGCUGUUGUUGCUGUGACUGGAGCUGUGGAUAUUGUCACGGACGGGAAACAAGUAAUUGGUGCACACAACGGAGUGCAGAUGAUGCAAAAGAUAACAGCAACUGGGUGUUCUGUCACUGCUUUAAUAGCUGCCUUUGUUGCAGCUGAUCCAACUCACCCUUUUGAAGCUACUGCUGCAGCAUUAUCUGUAUUUGGCAUUGCAGGUGAGCUGGGUAUGCAGGCUGCAAAAGGUCCAGGUUCAUUGCGUGUUAACCUGAUUGAUUCAUUAUAUGGGCUUGAUCAAGCCAGCAUACAUCACCAUGCUAAAAUAUCCCUGUUAUCUUAGCUUAGAAUGAUGCUUUAUAGUUGGUAUUAUUCUUUUGACCUUAUAAAGCGAUAGUCAUUUGCAGCAUAUUUGAAUCUAGCGUAUACAUAAAGAUCAUUGUAACUUAGUUGGCAUUUUGUUUUAUGUCACUUUGUUUCUUGAUGUUCUGAUAUUAGAAUAAAUUGCUGGUGAUUUAUCAUUA